AUGGCUAGUCUUGCUAGCGCAGAUCUGGAGAUCGGCGGCAAUGAGCAGAAGGUGAAGCAAGAAUACCUCGCUAUCAUCACUGACGCUGAGAAAGAACGGAAGAUGAUAUACUGGGUUUUCGAAGCUCUGGAAGACGAAAUAGCUAGGCUCGCGCCUUUUUCUUCUCAUGAAAAGGCUUCGUUCUCGGUGCAGAGCUAUUAUAGGCCCGAGGCUGGUUUCAUCUAUAAACUGGUUAACAAAGACGGAUACUUGACUCCGAUACCACUGCCUGGCGAUACAGUGAAGAAUGUUGACUGUUCGGGAGUGAAGAUAAGUGAACUAGCCGAGUCCCGGCAGAACGUCCACUUGAUCGAUACAUCCAAAGUCGAGAUUGUUCCGUCUCUAGUACCAUCUUCAGAUAAAGUCAAGCUAGAUGGGAAAGAGUAUUCCUUCAAACAUGUCCGAGACUCCCAUUGCUUCGACCGCGAAUUAGGCAUCCUUCAAAAGCUGGUCUCACUAGGUCUCAACAAGCGACUACGUGUUCCAACAUUGUGCGGAGUAGUAGCUUACUCUGACGAGCAGGACGUCAUCUGCGGCAUUCUGCUAGAGCCUAUUGGGUCGAAGGGUUGGUUGGGCACGACCGAGUCUGAGGGCUUCUCCAACGAACAGCGGGUGAAAUGGAUGGCUCAGAUUGGAGAAGUGGUGAAGCAGCUGCAUGCUCACGGCAUCAUAUGGGGGGACGUGAGACCAGAGAAUGUACUGAUUGACAAGACAGACAAUGCAUGGGUUACUGGAUUUGGGGCCAGUGAGAGCCCGCGGUUCGUGGAUGGAGGGAUGAUUGGCACUGUGGAAGGGGAUAUGCAGGGUCUGGCGAAAAUGAGAGAUUAUCUUGGGUAUUUGUCAUGA